AUGCUCGUCAUAUCCUACGGAUCUGUUCUCCACCAGGUAUUUGAGCGCAUAGAGGUGAUGGAAACCGGGUUGCUCAGGACUGGCGUUGGGGUACGGGGUGGCCAUGGUGGACAAUUAGACAGGAACAAGGAUUACAAUCGAGUGACCCCUUCGCAAGAGAUACCGAGCGACCUAUUGGAGCUGUCCAUGCCCAGCACUCGCGUGGUGCGGAUCAUCCCAGACAUAUCAAAAAGCCAUUCCUCGAACUCCAUCCUAAACCAAAGUUCGGGUCAAGUUGGGGCUUCUUUCACUUCUGCUAAGCCGAAUACCGGUGUGAGCCAGGAUAAGCCUCGCGCAAACACCACUAACCCAGGCACAGCCAAUUCGAGUGGCAUUCGAAAUCUGCAAUUCGGAGCGUCUACCACUACAGCCGACAGCCGGCGUGUGCCCAUGAAUGAUACCAGCAACACCCGCAACAGUAGUAAUAGAAGUAGUAGUAAUAGUAAUAGUAAUAUUAAUAGUGCGGAUAAUUACAACCACAACAAUUUCGUAAAUAUGUAUAGCCCCAAACCUCAAGAAGCCAAGUCGAAACAGGCGGCACCCAACACGCCCUUGUUUAUCAGGAGUUUGGGCCGUUCUUUGAUCGGCGGGUGUUUCGAGACCUACGAACCCGAUUUUGCGCUGCAAGCCGUUCCAGAAAGAGACUUCCUGCCUAUGUUUUGCCGUGAUCUGUUGCUGACAGUAAAGGUGAUAGCUUAUGGCUUGUAG